AGCAACUCUCGGUCGGAGAGGGUAGCAGUGCUGUAACAGUGUCUGCAAGUGCUGUGACAGUGGCUAAGGCAACCCAGUAGGUAUAAAAUUGUCUGCUGAGGGGAUGUAUGAUUUCCAUGGUUUUAACUAAUUAAUUCCCUGCACACAAGAAAGAGCUUUUCUCAGCCAGAAGAAUGUUUGAGGGAGAAAUGGCAAGCCUGGAAGCCAUCCUGAAAACACAGACGAUAAAAGUGCCUAAACCCAUCAAAGUUAUAGACCUGCCCGGGGGCAGUACUGCAUUUGUGAUGGAACAUUUGGAAAUGGGAGGCUUAAACAGACAUUCGGCACUGCUUGGAACUCAGCUGGCUGAUCUUCACCUUCAUAACCAGAAACUUGGAGAGAAGCUGAAGAAAGAAGGGAACACAGUUGGUAAAGGUCCAGGGCAAACAGAAGUCCAGUUUGUGGAUCAGUUUGGCUUUCAUACAGUUACCUGCUGCGGUUAUCUUCCACAGGUGAAUGACUGGCAGAGUGACUGGGUGACCUUCUUUGCCAGACAGAGGAUCCAACCCCAGAUGGACAUGGUCGAAAAGAAAUCAGGUGACAGAGAAGCAAGAGAACUUUGGGCACAGCUUCAGCUGAAGAUACCCAGUUUGUUCUGUGGUGUGGAAAUUGUUCCUGCUCUCCUGCAUGGGGAUCUCUGGGGAGGAAAUGUAGCUGAGGAUGAUUCUGGUCCGAUUAUCUUCGAUCCGGCUUCUUUCUAUGGCCAUUCAGAGUACGAGCUUGCAAUAGCUGGGAUGUUUGGUGGCUUCAGCAGUUCUUUUUAUUCUGCUUACCACAGUAAAAUCCCCAAAGCCACAGGGUUUGAGAAACGCCUGAAGCUUUAUCAGCUGUUCCACUACAUGAACCACUGGAACCAUUUUGGUUCAGGGUACAGAGGGUCUUCUUUAAACAUUAUGAGAAACCUUGUAAAAUAAGUUGCUGCUUAAGCCAAAUACUUCCCGUGUUGUUUGGAGAGCCCCAUACUUGGUGGUGCAGCUGCAGGAGUAGUAAUGUUAAAAACAACCUGUGAGACCCCUGAUCGUGUUAAAGACCUAGAACCAGUGACACCUGUUGAAUGCCAAGUGUAAAAUAUCCCUUUUUAGGAUAGCUGGGGAUAACUCCGUGAGGGGAGAAAACUAAGGAAGGAGUUUAUUAAUUUGCACAGUGAAUAAAGGUCUCAGUGUCCAGAAAGCACGUGAGACUGUGCAGGGUAGUACAAAUAAAGCAUCGAGGAGAUGCCUAAAAGAA